AUGGGUUGGUCGUUCCAUGGGCACAAGAGAGACGUCGACGCAGAGAAGCACCUCAAACGACUACACAAGACGAUUCCCUUAAUUGAGGAUCCAUUGACGGGCGCUGACCAUGAGAAUCUCGUCUUCUGCCAACGACACGAAGCCAACACCCUCGAGCUCUUCUUCGAUUUGUUCUUCGUAGCCAAUCUCGCAACAUUCACUACGUACCACUCGAUCACGGACGGGUCAUACUUGGUCGCCUAUAUCGGAUUCUUCGGCAUCUUGUGGUCGUGCUGGUUCCAGGUCACUCUGUACGAUGUUCGCUUCGCUCGGGAUUCGCUAUACGAGCGGAUUUGCAAGACGAUACAGUUUAUUGUGUUUGUUGGUCUGGCGCUUGUGGGGUCUUCGUUUAAUCCUCUAAGCAAGAAGGCGAAUAAUACGAACUUUCGAAUCCUCUGCUACACGCUCGUGAUCAGCAGAGCACUCCUAGCGAUUCAAUACGCAGUGGUGCUCUUCUACAUUGUGCGAGCGCGCUUCACGAAGCUCUAUAUCCCAUUAGGCCUAAUGAUCGGCCUCUAUGUUCUGGCUGCAGGCACCUUCGGCGCGAUGACUCCGGCGUUCCAGGAAUCUGAGCAAGUCCACCAUGGGGUCUAUACGGUUUGGUGGAUUGUGAUGCUAUUGGAGGCAGUAGCUGCCAUCACGAUAUCCUCGGUCUGGAGAAUGUUGAGCUUCAAAAAGACGCACUUGAUGGAGCGAAUGAGCCUGCUGACGCUCAUUGUCAUCGGCGAGGGUGCUAUUGGUGUCACGAAGACCGUUUCCAGAAUUAUGGGAAAGUACGGCCUCGAAGUUGAGGGUUGCUUUCUUAUAAUGUGCAUUAUUAUCAUUCUGGUAUUGAUCUGGGCCCUAUAUUUUGAUCACUUCCCGCACGGCCAUUACGGAACCAUCCGGCAACAAAUCUGGUCGUUGCUCCACUUCCCGUUCCAAUUGGCCAUCGUCGGAGUCGUAGAGGGUUCACAGCAGUUAGCCCUGGCUCGAUAUGUCCUCAAGAAUUACAACAAGAUCGACGCAUCCAUCCUCAAGUAUUGUGUGGACGAGAACCUGGGAGGCGAAAAACUGCGAGAUUCCCUCUUGAAGUUGCUCGAUUAUUGGGACUUCGACGGCAAGUACGAAACAUACGGAUUCCAGAACAUGGUGUCCGGGUAUAUCUACGACAUAGGCAACAGCACUGGUAUCUGCUCACCGGCCAACGCAACGGAAUAUGCCAGCACGGGGGAAUGGCCGCAAAACUUUUACAACAUGACGCUCAACAUCUUCGAUGGUGUCUACAUCGGACUGGGCAUGAAGCUGCCGAUCGACAAGCUCGAGAAGUAUAACGCGAUCAACAUUGCUGCCAAGAGCUGGUCGGUGGUUUACCUCUACUAUUGGGUCUCAAUCUGCGUUCUCGUUAGUUGCUCCAUAGUCUUUCUGCUCCUCAUUCGACGACAUAAAGCGGACCUGUUCGACUUCGUCUCCGUCGGCUCUCGCCUAAUCGCCCUCGCCGUUGGCGGCGCGAUGAUCGCUCUCACCGCCAAUGAUAACACACUGUACUCCUUCCUUAGCUCGCCCGCCGUGUUGCCGGCCUGCCUCGCCCUCCUCUUCCUCAUUCGCUUCUUCGACAAGCUAAGUGCCACGUUUUGCAAUUGGCAUCUGAAGGGAAGUGGGCAGCCUUACGCCAAAGAGUACGACGAGGACCAUCACCAUGGAAGCCAGGGAAGUCACAGCGAGACUCACGAACAUGCACAUGCCACAGGCCACGCUCAUCACGACUCCCUCGCAGUAGACCGUUGGAAGUCGGCGGCCUGGAGCACGCACUCGGAUACACAGCCCCUAACCGCCACAAGUACGGAGUAUCAUAGCGUAGAUCCCCGUCAAAGCUACGCCAUGACUCCGCUAAUAAGCCCUCCGAUUGCGAGUCCGCCGCCUGCUGGUGGGUAUAUGCCUCUCGCCCCGGGUGGUUACAUGCCUGUUGGCACUGGACAGAACUACGGCGCCUAG